AUGGCGGCUGCGGCAGCUGUAAACGGGGCCAAGCGUAAUUUGCGGACUGAGAUAAAGCAGCGGCUGCGGACGCUAAGUGCCGAGGAACGGCUCCGCCAGUCCCGGCUGCUGACCGAGAAGGUGAUUGCUCACAGUAAAUAUCAAGAGUCUCAGAGAAUUUCAAUCUUUCUGAGCAUGCAAGAUGAAAUUGAGACAGAAGAAAUUAUCAAGGAUAUUUUUCAGCGUGGCAAAACAUGUUUCAUCCCUCGAUACAAAUUCAAGAGCAACUACAUGGAUAUGGUCAAGUUAUUUUCAGCAGAGGAAAUUAUUUCACUUCCCAAAACUUCUUGGAACAUACAACAGCCCAGUGAUGAUGAAGUGCGGGAGGAAGCUUUGUCAACAGGAGGUUUGGAUCUCAUCUUCAUGCCGGGUCUUGGAUUUGACAAACAGGGCAACCGCCUGGGAAGGGGCAAGGGAUACUAUGACACCUACCUGAAGCGGUGCUUGCAACACCAAGAAAGAAAGCCUUAUACAAUUGCUUUGGCUUUCAAAGAACAAAUCUGUGGUGAGGUGCCAGUUGGAGAAAACGAUAUGAGAAUAGACGAAGUGCUUUAUGAAGACAAAUAAACUUUGCAGUUCCCAGUGACAACCCUGUUGAAUGAUCCGGGUUUUGUACUCAAGUAAAAUAAAAUGCAUUUCUUUUCUCCUAUCCAAAAAUCAAUUGCAACUCUACCCUUAUAUUACCAAGAACCGUAUUGACUUUGGUGUAAUUACAAGGGGUUUAGUAUGAAAUAUUAGUUGAAAAUCUUUAGGAAUGUGAAUACUAUAAUAUUAGUUAAUAAUGAACAUUUCAUUUAGUGAUUUUUCUUCCUAAUUUCCUGGUGUUAAAAUGAGAAUUUUAUAUCUCCUUUGAAGUAUAAAUUAUAAAUGAGAUUCUGUGGUCCAAGUUGCAUGAUGAAUCAAAUUUAGACAGUGAUUUUACUAUAUGCUAACAUGUCCUUUAAUGGCUCUGCUUUCAAUCCCUAAGACAUAUAGGAAGAUUUGAUAAAUAUUAUUAAUUGCUUUGUCGAUGUUUGCUUCUGGUUCAGACUUUAGAGAAGGCAAGUGGUACUUAACAUGACUUUAUUAAUCCUUUUCUUUGUUCACCCAACUUGAAAUUUUGGGUUAAGCAUUUCAUAGGUAAGGAUUCAAGAGAAAUUGCUUAUUGGUUUGUUAGUUUAAUACUGUAAUUCACCAUGAUUAGUCCCUAAAUGCCUCAUUAUAGGAAAGCUACCUGUUAAGCAUCUUUAGAUACUAAUGCCAAGUUCUGAUGUUAUAUUUAUUAUAAACUCAAUUCCAUUUAUUUGGGGUUUCUGCCUUGAAAAUAAAAUUUGUCUAAGGUUGAAAGUUGGGAGAUGACAUUUCACCUGGGGAUUAAUGUUGUGGUAAUAACUUAAAAGUGGCAUUAUUUGAAUAAUUUGUUCAUAAUGGCUUAGGGAAUUAUAUGUGAUUUGAGACUCCAUGUAGAAAGAACAGAGAUAUACAGCAAAGAAAGUCAAAUAGGCUACAAAGAAUAAGGAAAAGAUGGUUGAAGUAACAAGGAUAUGAAUAUUUGGGGGAAAGGGAAGAAGAAAAAGGAGCUGCCUAAGAGCUAAAAGGACAAAUACGUUGUUUUUUAAAAAAAUGGACUCAAUACUAUUUGGUAUUUUGAAUUAUUUAAACUAUAAAUAUUCACAUUAAAUAUACUGUAAUGAUACAUGAGUUUCAAAAUGGAUAGUUUUUAUAAUUAAAACAUUGUUGGAUAACUUUUUGCUAUAAAUUGAAUCUGGAUUUUACAUUGUUGCCUUAAUCUUGGGUGCUUUUUGGCAUAUACAUGGAGGAUUUUUGGGAAACUGAAUCUAUUACAUACAACUUAUAUUUUUGGAAAAAAGAAUAUAAUAAAUCAAAAUAUUAGUUUCAAAA